AUUUUGCAUCUUUGGAGAUUGAUGCCAAUAUGUUGUGAUGGUUGAAACAGCGUAUGGGUUAUGCUGUUUACCUUCCUCAUGUUGAGAGAUACUUUUGGACAUUGGUUAAUCUUCCUAAUUUUCGCAAGAUAUUGGGGGAGGUGAAACAAGCAGAAUCUAUUCCAGCUGUUCAGUUAGUGAUGAAGCCUUCACAGCCUAAGGAAUCUGCAGAAACAAAGGUCAAGGUUCAGACGAAUAAAGAGGCCAAGAAAGAACCAACAGAACCUAAAGUAGAAGAGUCUGCUCAGGAAGAGGAGGCACCCAAGACCAAGGCAAAGAAUCCUCUUGAUCUUUUGCCUCCUAGCAAGAUGAUAUUGGAUGAAUGGAAAAGACUUUAUUCAAACACAAAGACCAACUUCCGUGAGGUUGCUGUUAAAGGUGGGCGGUUUUCUACAGCAAAUGGAUUUGGCUUGUAAGUAUGCUUUUGGGAAGAUGUUGGUGAUUGGCUCUGAGACUCCUUUCAAGGUGAAGGGCUUGUGGCUGUUCCGCGGGCAAGAAAUUCCCCAGUUCAUAAUGGAUGAGUGUUAUGACAUGAAACUGUAUGAUUGGCGGAAGGUUGAUAUCACUGAUGAGGAUCAAAAAGAGCGUGUGAAUCAGAUGAUUGAAGAUCAUGAGCCCUUUGAGGGGGAGCCAUUGUUGGAUGCCAAAUGUUUCAAGUGAUGGGAAUAGGUUUUUCCAAGAGGCUAAUGUAACAUUUCAGGAUUUCUUUAGAAGGUCUUUCAGUCUGGUUGUGUUUCAAACACUGUUUUGCUGUUCUUUCCCUUUUGUGUCAUUGUAGGAUCUUGUUCACAUAUGAUAUAACAUCUUUCAGCCGCAAUUAUUUUGAGCUUA